AUGGCUUCGAAGCUCCGCAUUCUGGUUCCCGUCAAGCGGGUCAUCGACUAUGCCGUCAAGCCGCGCAUCAACAAGGCGCAGACGGCGGUCGAGACGGCGGGCGUCAAGCACAGCAUGAACCCAUUCGACGAGCUGUCGGUCGAGGAGGCGGUGCGGCUGCGCGAGCGCAAGGCGCAGGAGGUCGAGGAGAUAGUCGCGUGGAGCGCGGGGCCGGCGAAGGCGCAGGACGUGCUGCGCACGGCCAUGGCCAUGGGAGCCGACCGCAGCGUGCACGUACAGACGCCCGAGGCGGGCAGCGGCGGCGCGGCGGGCGAGCUGGAGCCGCUAGGCGUGGCCAAGAUGCUGGCCAAGGCGGUGGGCGAGGAGAAGAGCAACCUCGUCAUCCUCGGCAAGCAGAGCAUCGACGACGACGCCAACCAGACGGGCCAGAUGCUGGCCGGCCUGCUCGGCUGGCCGCAGGCGACGCAGGCCUCCAGGGUCGAGAUCAAGGACGACGUGUGCACCGUCACGCGCGAGGUCGACGGCGGCGUCGAGACGCUGCGCGCCAAGCUGCCCAUGGUCGUCACCACCGACCUGCGCCUCAACGAGCCGCGCUACGCCAGCCUGCCCAACAUCAUGAAGGCGAAGAAGAAGCCGCUCGUCAAGAAGGCGCUCGAGGACUACGGCGUCGACGUCAAGGCGCGCCUGAGGACCGUCAAGGUCGUCGAGCCGCCGCAGAGGCAGGGCGGCCAGAAGGUCGAGGAUGUCGAUGCCAUGCUGUCCAAGCUCAAGGAGCUGGGUGCUCUGUAA